AUGAGUCGACCCUCGAACGCCUCAUCCAUUUACUCAGAGGACAACUCGCACUGGCGGACCCCUUCAGAGGAUAGCAUAGUCUUCAGCCCCGGCUUAAACCAUCUCCUCCAAGGCAUCCCCCGCACCAGCGACAAUCCAGAGACGCCCGGUGUCUUGCAAAACUGCUCUAACACCGAUAGCAGUAUCAACAACAUCACUGAUGCCAGCCUCGAUACCAGCACCGAUACCAGCCUCGAUAUCAAUACUGAUACUUACAACCGUAACAGCAUCACGAACACCAUCGCUACGAGUAUCACUACAAGUCCUACCAUCAGCAGAAGUCCAAGCAUCAGGAGCAUCGCCAGCGCUGCUGCCGGAACUUCUACCAGCACCGCUACCCACAACCGUAGCAGCGUCACGAACACCAUCGCUAUUGGUACCACUACAGGUCCUACUAUCAGCAAAAGUCCAAGCAUCAGGAGCAUCGCCAGCACCGCUGCCGGAACUUCUACCAGCACCGCUACCCACAACCGUAGCAGUAUUACGAACACCAUCGCGACUAGUACCAGUACGAGUCCUACAAUUAGCACAAGUCCAAGCAUCAGCACCAUUGCCAGCACCACUGCCGGUACUUCUACCGGUACUUCUACCAGUACAUCUACCAGUACAUCUAACAGCACCAGCAGCAGUCCCACCACCAACACGACCCCCAAAGGCACCGCAAUAAUGAAAGACAUCGACAAAGUCAUACAUUCCUAUCAAAGCCUCCAUCUAAGCGACACGGGAACCAAAAGGGACACAUGGACUAUAUUAAACGCCACGGACAUGUGGGCUUUGCAACGCAACACCCUGGAGUUGAACAGAGAGGCGCUGGAGUUGCUAAGGGAUAUGUCCUCGACGUCACCUAGUGAAAAUAAAAAGAAGGCGGCAGAGGAAUUGGAGUACCCUGCUCUCAGGAGAGACAUAUUCAGCAGAUCCCGCUACGCUUGCAGUCAUUCGGCAAGGACUCCUCAACCCCACCAUCACCACCGCAGAGUCGAAGAUGACGGCUUGUCGUUCAAUCAUGAACUAUUCUGCAGCCAGCCCUACCUCCAGACCUAUCCGCAAGGUGAGCCGGAACCCGCGAACGACUCGGAUCCGGAGGUUUGUUCUAUAGGGAGUUCGGUCUACUCGAACGGAGUGCCGGAAUCACUCUACAGCCAGGAAGCCGACAGCACUCCAUCACAACCUUACUCACCACUCACAUCUCUCGCGUCCGAAGAGCUUCCUUUGUCCGUCCACAAGCAACGAAAGCCUCCCUCAUUAUGGUCAACGACGUCGUACGGCCCUCCGCCGCCCCGUCCGCCGCCCCCUCCACCAAAAGACGUCGCACCAACGAUCCCACGCCCGCGCCCCGCACCCUACGCCGUCCUCCAACACGCUCCCACGCCACCGCAAGCACCGGCUCGAGCUCCCCAUCGGCCGCGGACGCCGAUCAAAGAAGAGAAGGGCAAACUUAAGGCCGGUCAUACACGUAUCCACAUCGUGCCCGACCCGGAGCGUCCACCUGCAUCCUCAUCCAAGCCCAGCAAAACCGGGAUAGCGAAAUUCGCCGCGCUCUUCACACAUUCAAAUCCCUCCCCGUCGACGGUACCAGAAAAGCCGGCAACCAGAGUAGUAACAGUGCACACACAUCUCGCCGUCUCCACCACCUCCUUACCAGCAACGGGUAGCCAUCCCCCCUCCCGUUCGAAAUCCUUUACGUCCCUGCGCUCACUCUCGAGCGCGUCCAGCUCGAGGAAACCCGCGACGCUCGCCCCCUUCUGCAAAGGCGCCUGGGCGAUCCGGACUGCCUCGUCCUCGGACCCGACACGCGGCCUAACGCUUCAAUCCCUGCCCGAUGGGAUGUACAACACGUACCAGGUGUGGCAGUGCAAGGAGUGCCGGUUUCGAGGCGCCGUUAUCCCGCUGUCCUCGACGACGGCGAAUGACGAGGGUGAAGGCGAGGGCAAGCAAAAGAGGCGCAAGAAGGGAAAAGAGCAACUGGGAAUCGAUACGGAGAUCUACACCAGCGCGGUCGGGAUCCGGUACCGCUGGAUCUUCCUGGCGAAAUCGCACGUCCGGAAACGAAACAUAUCCCUCUCCUCGUCAUCUCCCUCUCCCCCUGCCGUCCAGACACGGGUUCGCUCCAUCGCGCAGCUCGACCCGAUGAAUACGUCGUCGCUGUCGCCGGCCACGUACUCGUGCACCAUCAAUGGCGAGCGCGACCAUUUCCACGCCAAUCUCGGAUGUCUCGUUUGCUCGGUCGAGGGCCACGAGUCCGGGGUGUAUGGGAAUGUGGAGGCGCUGAUGAGUCAUAUUUUCCUGGAGCAUGCGAGGGGGAUGGAGGAGAGGACGAGGCGGAAGGUGCGGUGUGUGGUUGGGCGGGUGGCGGGGAGGGGCGAGGAGUGGGAUUUGAAUAUUCCGUUUUGA